CAGCACGAUCGUAGCGAAAAAUGGCAGGACGGACAGUCAGAACUUAGUCAUAUUUUUCCGUAAUUUGUGCCCCAAAAUGGACCUAGACGACGACCAGGGCUCGUCUAUAGAAGAAGGAGAAGUCCUAGAAGAAGGUGAGAUCGACGAAGACGACGAAAAUGUCGAAAGAACGGUGUCUUUCAUGGGGAAUGCGGGACCUGAUGGUUUCGGUCCCGCCGAUGAUUUCCCCCCCGCCCCACUAAGAGUGGACUUCCGCCGUACCCGGGGACCGUACGACCCGCCCGGGCCCCGCGGGGACACGGGCUUCCCCCCGCCGAGGAACGCGCCGGACCCGCCCGGGGAGUGGCGCUUCCGCGAGCUGCUCAGCCGGAGAGGCCGAGGGUUCGGGCCCGAGGGAGUCAGCUUCCAUGGGGCCAUGAACCUCGGAGGGAACCUCGGCCCUCCCCCUCCCCAUCACAUGGGCAGAGGAAAGAACUUCCGAGGUCGGGGCAGAGGUCGUGGGUCACAGCGUGGGGGUCGAGGGGCGCAGAAGAACUUUGAACCCCCGAGAGAAGAACCCAGAGAGCCAAGACGGAGCUCACGCCUGCGGAACAGACCCGACCAGCCCCUACAGGAGGCGGAACCAUGGCUGCCGUGGAUGAAGAAGUACUUCAACCCCAACACGCCUGCCGCGGGCUCGAUUCCCCGCUCGAACGUGUACCCGCGGCCGCGUGGCGUGGGCAGGGGGAUGUCGUCCGCGUCUUUCCUGUCUGGCGAAGGUCAGCUGCACCAACCAGAGCAGGACACGGACCAGUACAGCGAUCUGCUGCAGAACUACAGGCGCAUACGCUCUCAGCUCGAGGAGAUAGAAAGGAAGGAGAAGCUAGAGAAGAUGGGGAUUCGGGAGUGGGACUUGGACAAGUACACUCGUGAGGAGAAAACCUCCAGGGACACCAGCCCUAAGGGGGAAGGUCAGGACUCAAAGGUCAAGAGAAGGUCGAGAUCAAGGUCAAAGUCAGGAUCAAGCAAGGCAAGCUCCAAAGCUGAACCAAAACAAGAAGCAGACACCCCAAAAGAGAAAAAGGCAGGUGAUGGUGAAGAUGAGGAUGAUGAGGAGCUGAUGGAGUUGCAGCUGAGGCUGAUCGCGCUGGAGUCUGCAGCAAAGGCUCGGCGGGACAGGACCGACCCCGAGGACGGGCAGGCUGAGGUGGACGACCUCGGGAAGGAACCGUCGCCCGAGGGGAAGGUCGCGACCUUGAAACCUGACCAGGACAAGGUCACUGCUGGUAGCCAGGCCAGAGGGAGUCCUCCCAAGAAAAAUGUGACAAAGAGCAGCACCAGGAAGCUGCACCCAUCCAAACCUCCCGGUGUAGCCCCACGUCAGACUACUCACACAUCCUUUGGCACACACAGUGUUCAGGAAAAGUGGAAGUGGAAGAUGAAGCGAAAGAGGGGGCGGCCCAGCAAGCAAGACGAGAUCCGGAUGCAGACUGUUGUCCAGGAAAAGUGGAAGUGGAAGAUGAAGCGAAAGCGGGGGCGGCCCAGCAAGCGGAAGAGAGACGAGCUCCGGAUGCAGCAGCAGAUGGAGGAUGAGGAGGAGAGAGAGAGGACCAGGAGGACGGAGGCGGCCAGGAUCCGUAACCUUGGCAACCACGCGGAGCAGUACAAACGCUUCAUGGAGUUUGUGACGGAGGCUCGGGAUGGCAGCCCCCACCCAAAGCAGGAGGAAGAGCGACGUCGGCGUUCCCGGUCAGCUGAGAGCGCGACCUCUGCGCGACCUUCAGCUGCCGCCCCCCUCCCCAUGGAGCUGCUGGAUAACUAUGAGGAGGUCUCUAUGGAUGUGGACAGUAACGAUGAGUCUCCAGGCCUGCCACCCCCUGACCUGCCAUUCGUGCCCCCCCUCCCCCUGGAGGCACCCCCUGAAGUACCCCCUCCACCCGAGCCCUCAGAUGUGCCAAGCAGAGAGGAUGCAGCAGAUCAGGACGAAGAUGAAGAUGGUGAUGAUGAUGAUGAUGAAGAUUUGGAAGCUCUGAGAGGGGAAGUCUUCAAGUCUCUUGUCAGCAGAAGGGCUCUCAAGGAGGUGAGAAGGACUAAAAUUCUCAGCUCUGUGUCUUUAAGAUUGAACUUUAAGGGUCACCUUUUGAGUAACCGCAUAUCUUAUUACCUGGAUGUCUAA